AUGGAUAAAUUGGUGGAGGAUGGUCCUUGGUUGAUUAGAAAUGUUCCGAUAAUCUUGAAGGAGUGGUCGGCCUCUGUCAAGUUGGAAAAAGAAGACAUAAAGGCUAUCCCUGUUUGGGUUAAGAUGCAUGAAGUGCCGUUAGCAGCAUAUACUGAGGACGGUCUUAGCUUGCUUGCUUCUAAGAUAGGGGUGCCUAAGAUGCUAGAUUCAUACACUGCUACAAUGUGUGCUGAGUCAUGGGGACGAAGCAGUUAUGCUAGAGCUCUCAUUGAAAUUCAAGUUGGGGCUGAAUUAAAGAGGAGUGUUACAAUUGCAAUCCCAACUUUACAGGGUAAUGGUCACUCAAUGGUGGAGGUGAAAAUAGAAUAUGAUUGGGAGCCUUUAAGGUGCUCUUCUUGUUGCGUGUUUGGUCAUGAGGAUAACUCAUGUCCAAAGAGGCCUCAGGUCGUUUCGAGUGGGGAGUCUAGUAAGAAGAUUGAUGAUUUUCAGGUUGUGGGUGCAAAGAAGAAGAAAUCUACUAACCAAGGUCUUCCCAUGAAAAAUCAGAAGCCUAAGGUAGUGUACAGACCAGUUGUAAACCCUAAACCAAUCUCGUCCUUGAAGAAGCCGGUGAACAAUCAGGUAUCAACGUCAAACCCCUUUGAUGCUCUUAAGGAUGAUGAUGGUGGUCAGGGAGGUAGUACUGUGGGUCGUAUAGAGAAGAAGGAGAAAAAGUCGAGUGACAGGCAGGAUUCUGAUGAAGAGGAGGUCGAAGAAGUCUACAAUGAAACUAGUGCAUUUAUGACAUCGGGCACUCGUCCGUUCUCUUCGAAAGCAGGGGCAAGCACCUCUUCCACAAAAUUCUCAAAUGGAUAG